AGCACACGCCACAACCAUCACUGAUCAGGGCACGCGGUGCGGAUCUGUUGGAAACGGAAAUGGCACCACCCUCGGCGUGAAUGAUUCGCGAUUCUCGUCGUCGCGAAGCUGCUUCUCGCGCUCGUCGAUGUAACCCGAGAUGCUGGGUCAAGCUCCUUUAUCUUCGGGCAUUUCGAAGUAGGGAUACCCUAGCAAGCUUUGGCCGGACAAGUACCCAAGCCUCACCGAUCGGUUUGAGUAGUUUCCGGCAAAGCUGGUAGAACAGGUCCAAGAAAUAGGGGUUGCGACAUCUUUUUUUUUUUGUAGACUAAGCCUUCCAGUAUCUGCUGUUGGCGCCGCGAGUUCCGCUCUUGUGGCUUCGGGCUCUCGUCUCGCGACGCGCAUACCCCGACCGGACACCAGCAAGCCGCGUCGUAGACUAGCAAGCGUCUAGACCAAUCGGGGCGUAGGCGGCGUACACGUGUAGUUUCCUUAUUGGGGUUCUAACAGACGUAGCCGGUAUGUCUGCCGCAGCCGGCGGUGACGGCGCGGCGCUGCCACCUGUCAUCCGGCGGUUGGACGAGGCGGUGGUGAAUCGCAUCGCGGCGGGCGAGGUGAUUCAACGGCCGGCGUCGGCCGUGAAGGAGCUGGUGGAGAACAGCCUGGACGCGGGCGCGCGGAGCGUGGGCGUGGUGGUCAAGGACGGCGGGCUGAAGAUGAUGCACAUCACCGACGACGGCCACGGGGUCCGGCCGGAGGACCUGCCGAUCCUGUGUGAGCGGCACACGACGUCGAAGCUGCGGGAGUUUGAGGACCUGGAGAGCAUCGCCACUUUAGGGUUCAGGGGCGAGGCGCUCGCCAGCCUCACGUACGUCUCGCACCUCACCGUCACCACCAUGACGGCCGGGCAGACGCAUGGGUUCAGGGCGCAGUACCGCGAUGGUGAAAUGCAGGGCGAGCCCACCCCGUGCGCGGCGGUGAAGGGCACUCAAGUGCUGGUGGAGGACCUGUUUUUCAACGUGGCGGCGCGCCGCAAGGCGUUCCGCAGCUACAGCGAGGAGUACGCACGCAUCCUCGACAUUAUCAGCCGCUUCGCUAUUCACAACCACGACGUCUGCUUCUCCUGCAAGAAGUACGGUGAGGCGCGCACUGACCUCUUCACCCCUGGUGCUCCCAGGCAGGCAGCAGAGGCGGGUGGGGGGGAGGAAAGCAGUGAGGAGGGGCGAUCGGACGAAGAAGGGGGCGAGGCAAAGGGGGCAGAAAGGAGGAAGGAAAGGGAGGAGGCAACGGGGAAAGAGGGGGAGAAGGAGGAGGAAUGGGAAAAGGAGAAGGAGCAGGAGGAGGAGAAAGAGGAGGAUCGCAGGAGGCGGCAGCUAGAGGCGAUCAGAGCAGUCUAUGGCGCUGCAGUGGCCAGAGACCUGGUUGCAGUUGACGCGAGGCGAGGGGGGUGGGGAUUGAAGGGCGGGAAAAAGGGAGAGGGAGAGGGUGUGAGAAAGGGAGGGGAAGGUGUGGAGAAAGGGGACGGGGGGAGAGAAGAUGGUGUGAGGUUCUCUAUGCGGGGGUUCAUUUCGUCGGCCAACUACAGCGCUAAGAAGACCACCAUGGUCCUCUUCAUCAACAACCGCCUAGUGGAGUGCUCGCCCCUGCGCAAGGCGUGUGAGGCCACGUACGCCGCCAUUCUGCCCAAGGCCGCUCGCCCCUUCCUCUACUUCUCGCUCUCCCUGCCGCCGCACCACGUGGACGUCAACGUGCACCCCACCAAGCGCGAGGUGGGGUUUCUGAACCAGGACGACGUGGUGGCAGCGGUGCAGCAGGCAGUGGAGCGAGCCAUCCUCUCCUCCAACCACACGCGCACCUUCUACACCCAGACCAGCCUCCUCGCCGGCCCCACCCCUCCUCCUAAGCCCCCUGCUGCUGCUGCUGCUGCUGCUGACGCCUCCCACCCUGAUAGUGCCUCCUCGCCCGCCACGAAGCACCGCUCCCCCAAACUCGCCUCCCCUGCCUCUCAGAGGCCGCCCGAGCAUCGCCUUGUGCGCACCGACGCCCGCAUCCCAGCCGGCCGCCUCCACGCCUUCUUCUCCCACCGCCCCUCCUCUUCCCAGCCCUCGCCCUCGCAACCAUCCUCCUCCCAGCCAUUGCUGUCCCAACCAGGGUUGUGGCAGCCACUCCUUUCGAAAACGCCCUCCUCCCACCCCUCUCACACUCUCGCCUCGGAACGGGCAACAGGCAUUGAAGGAGGUGGAGACGAGGAGGGGGGGGAGGAGAAGGGAGGGGAAGGAAGGGGGGCAGACGGUGGGGGGGAGAGAGGGGCGUGUGCUGAUGACAUGGAAACGGAAGGAAGGGAGGCAGCGGGGGGUGGAAGUGGGGAAGAGGAGGGCGUAAGGGAGAGAAGGGAGGCUGGGGAGGCAGAAGGAGCGGGGGCUGCACAGGCGAGGAACACGAGUGCAGACGUUGUUGCUGGCCCUUCUGUUGUUGCAGCAGCUGUAGCAGGUCCCUGUGUGCAGCUACAGGCGAGGCCAUCUGGCAGCAGAGAGCAGGCUACAGCCGACAGCUUGGCUGCCACAAGGCAGGCAGUGAGGAAGAGGCGGAGUCUGAAGGGGGCAGCGGCAGGGGCAGGAGGGGUGGGGGGGAUGGGAGGCAUGGGAGGGGAGGAGCGGCUGACGAGUGUGGAGGAGCUCAUGGAAGGGAUGGCAGCGAGCACACACUCAGCCCUGUCGGCUCUCAUAACGGACUGCACAUACGUGGGGAUGGUGGACGACAGGCGCUUGCUGCUGCAGCACUCAACGUCGCUCUACCUUGUUGAUGUCGUCAGCAUCAGCAAGGAGCUGAUGUGGCAGCAGGCGAUUCGUCGGUUCGGCCGCUUCAACUGCAUGACUCUGCAGCCACCUCCACUGCUCUCGCACCUGCUGCUGCUGGCGCUGGAGGAGGAAGAGAGGACGGGAGGGUGGACGCCUGGGGAUGGAUCCAAGGAAGAGAUAGUGGAGGCGUCAGUGCAGCUGCUGCAGUGCAAGGCGGAGAUGCUCUCCGAGUACUUCGCCAUCACCAUCUCCCCCGACGGCCACUUGCUCUCCCUGCCCUUGCUGCUCGACCACCACACACCCGACCUCACGCGCCUUCCGUCCCUCACACUCAGUCUCGCUAAUGAGGUGGAGUGGGACGAGGAGAGGGCGUGCUUCGCCUCCCUCGCUGCUGCCUUGGCCGACCUCUAUGCCUUCCAUGCACCGCUGCUGCCUCGCCCCUCCAACGCCCAGGGAGGGAAGGGGGCGGGGGCAGGGGCAAGUGGGGGGGGAGGGGAGGGGGGGCAGGUGAGGGGGGAGGGGGAUGGGGAUGCCAGCAGGAUACGGAAAGAAAGGGGUCCAGAAAGGGCUGUAAGUGCUGUGGAUGUGGGCGCUGGUGGCGAAGUGGGAGUGAGUGAAGAAGGUGAGGGUGAAAAGGGGGCGAGUGAGGGGGUGAGUGCGGGGGAGGUGGAGGCGAUGUGGCGGCAGUGGGAGUGGAGCAUCCAGCACGUGUUGCUGCCGGCGCUCAAGUUCUUCCUCAAGCCGCCCAGGCGCAUGGCCAGAGAUGGCACCUUCAUCAAGAUUGCAUCACUUGAGAAUCUUUACAAAAUAUUUGAGCGCUGUUAAGUUUUUUGAGGUGGUACAUUGUGGAUAUAUACCUCCUGAUUCCCUGUACAUAGAUCUUAUGUGCUGCAACUUCAAUUAUAAUAUUUUG